GCGCCGAUUUAGCGCAUCUCAAUUGACGUAGCUUGGGAAAUAAUUGAUAAAGAUAACACCCGAACCAUCCACAUACGCACUCUAGAGUCUUGCUUGCAUAGGUAAUCACCUUAUACAUAUAAGCACGUCAACCCCUCCUACCCCUCCCCCACUCCGAUUGCCCCUCUGGUUUCCAUCAAAGACACCAGCCGUCCAUGCUCGCUCUCCCGGUCCUCGUGCGAGCCACUCCUCUGACUUCGGCGAGAACAACUACGAGACGACUUGCAUCUAUAUCCCGUCACUUAUCCACCACACCCACCAUCAUGGCUCCCAUAAGCAAGGAGGCCGACUAUCUGGUCAUUGGAGGCGGGAGCGGAGGUCUUGCCUCGGCGCGGGCAGCCAGCGCCAAGUUCGGCACCAAGACUAUGGUUGUUGAGUCCAAACGUCUGGGAGGCACCUGUGUCAAUGUCGGCUGUGUCCCCAAGAAGGUGACCUACAAUGCCGCCUUCAUCGCUGAGACCAUCCACCAAGCCAAGGACUACGGCUUCCGGGUGCAGGAGACGGCCCCCUUCGACUGGACGACCUUCAAGCACAAGCGCGACGCUUACGUCAAGCGGCUAAACGGCAUCUACGAGCGCAACCUGGUCAACGACAAGGUCGAGUACGUCCGCGGCUGGGCGAGGCUGGUGUCCAAGAACGAGGUCGAGGUGACGACGGACGACGGCGAAAAGUCGAUCGUGCGGGCGAAGAAGAUCCUCCUCGCCGUGGGCGGCAACCCGACCGCGGGGCCGGCCAACAUCCCCGGCCACGAGCACGGCAUCGACAGCGACGGCUUCUUCGACAUCGAGACCCUGCCCAAGAAGGUGGCCCUCGUUGGCGCGGGCUACAUCGCCGUCGAGUUCGCGGGCAUGUUCAACGCGCUCGGCGUCGAGACCCACCUCUUCAUCCGGCACGAGCACUUCCUGCGCUCCUUCGACCCCAUGAUCCAGGAGGCCGUGACGAACGAGUACGAGCGCCUCGGCGUCAUCCUGCACAAGAACUCGAGCCAGAGCAGGGUCGAGAAGGACGCGCAGACGGGCAAGCUGAGCAUCCACUACAAGGACGCCGGCGGCGAGGGCGUGCUGGGCGACGUCGACCACCUCAUCUGGGCCAUCGGCCGGACGGCGGCGACCCAGAACAUCGGCCUCGAGGAGGCCGGCGUCAAGCUCGGCAGCAAGGGCCACGUCAUCGUGGACGAGUACCAGAACACGUCGGUCGAUAACAUCUACUCCCUCGGCGACGCCACGGGGCCCGUCGACCUCACCCCCGUGGCCAUCGCGGCGGGCCGGAGGCUCGCAGCCCGCCUGUUCGGCCCGCCCGAGUUCAAGGCGCUGAAGCUCGACUACGGCAACAUCCCGUCGGUGGUGUUCUCGCACCCCGAGGUGGGCUCGAUCGGGCUGUCGGAGCCGCAGGCGGUGGAGAAGUACGGGCGCGACAAUCUCAAGAUCUACAAGACGGCCUUCACGGCCAUGUACUACGCCAUGAUGGAGCCGGACCAGAAGGGCCCGACGAGCUACAAGCUGAUCUGCGCCGGGCCCGAUGAGAAGGUCGUCGGCCUGCACAUCCUCGGCCUCGGCAGCGGCGAGAUGCUGCAAGGCUUCGGCGUCGCCAUCAAGAUGGGCGCCACCAAGGCCGACUUUGACAGCUGCGUCGCCAUCCACCCCACCAGCGCCGAGGAGCUGGUCACCCUGAAAUGAGGGGGAGGUAAAUGCUGUGUUGGAUUAGAAAUAGAGGGAUAGGUAAUUGGGGAGGUAUCUCGCGGGUGCUGGUGCUUUCUCCGCAAACUGAAUGCUUCUAGAUCUGGUCACCAGUCUUUAGAUGGCUUGGUGGAACAGAAUGGCAAGAUACCCUGAGUUGUAGGAAUCUAAGAUAUUGUAACCGUACCUGGGAUCUGACUUUUUGACAAACGCCUCGGUUGGCCAUGGC